UUGCUUUAGUAUGGUUCAUUAAUCAGAAGAUAAACUUUAAUCUAAACCAGCAGUACAGGAUCAGUGUGUUUGUCCCAGACAGAUUCCCCUUCAGUCUCAAAUGAGGUCACUUUUCAGUGAGAUGCCAGCAGGCGAUUUGAUUUGCCAUAAAACUGCCACUUUUAAUUCCUGCUGUAGACAAACCAUAGCCUUUAGAUAUGGUUGACAAAAUUUCAACUGUGAUGAGUACCGGGCCAGGCCCCUGGAUUAUCUUAAAUUCCCUGCUUUUCCAUUACCAGCUAAAACCUGAAUGAUGAGCUUGUUCAGAUAUUAUCUGACGAGACAUGGGCACUGGUUUUUACUGCAAAAUAGCAUAUCUGUCCUUCCUGAAAGAUCAAGGUGAGCUUUUGUGCAGACAUUUCAAAUUACAGUGCCAGAGUGAGUCUUUUAUUUUUGACUGGUGGUUGGGGUAGACCUUAAUGUUUGAAAGGGUUGCACUUAUCCCUAGUUCACAAAGCAACACACCCUAAUUCACAUUCAGAAUUCCCAUCAAUAAGAAGCAGUCUGGGAGGAUGUAUUGACACUGCUUAAGUAACCUAAUCCAAUACUUUUGUCUCACCUGAACUUGCCCCCCCAAUAUAUUUUUAUAGCUUGUGGACCAGAUAUCAUUAGUGAUCAGUGGAAGAAGUUACUUGCAGAUCCUAUAGGUGCUAAACAAGUAUGUGUUGAAACUUAUCCUCCUUUUUAAAAAAAAAAAAAAAAAAGUUAGAAUGACAGUGACCACUGGAUUUAAACAGUGAUAGAGCAAAGGUUUAGGAUCUGGAUCAAACUAAACUAACACCUGUUGCUUUUCCAUAUCAAAAACUGGCCAGAAAUCUUUGCUUGUGAAUAAAGGGAUAUGUAAUCACUUCUCCACUAGAGUUGCAUUAAAUCUGCAAUUCCAAAAAUAACUGCAGCCAUAUAAGGACAGUAAGUUUUGUAGUGUUUGGGAGUUCGUGUGCCAAAGGCAAAAGAAUCUUGUAGCGAAGAUUCUGAGCUAUGGCCUCAGAGAGCAGCCUACUGCAAAACCUACCAUCUCUCGUGUAGCAUGUUCAUAUCUACUAAGUGUAGAAGCCCUGCAGGUGAAUACUGGCAUUAAAAACAGUAGGACACGGCGUCCGCUAUUGUAAACCAGCAGAGCUCUGCUGAGUCCAGUGGAGCUGUACCUGUUUAUACUUGUUGAAAAUCUAGCCCAUGACUCAAAUACUUUCUGGGGCCUAAAUCUAUAUAAAACCUCAUUGUUAAAUCAAAUUAAUGUACAUUACAGCUGCAAAUCUACUUCUCUGGCACCCUCAUGAAGAGGCUUUCUAUAUUGAACAACCCUUUCCAUUGCUGUAGGUAAUCCCCUCUGCAAAGGGCGGUAGCUAGGUUGCUGGAAUAAUUCUCAUAUCUCAGCAGUGUAGCUAGGUUAAUCUGAAUGUGAAGUGUAGACCAGCCCUGAAUCGAAGUGGGUGAGUAUGUCUGGGGGGUUUUAUAAUGAGAGAACUGCACUGACAGCACCACUCCUGGAUUAGGGCAUAAGCACUAUAGACCCCACCAUGGGGGGGCGGGCAGGAGUGCAUGUUAACACAUUAGUUUCUGUUUAAAAGAAAAGAUUUAAACUUACCUGAUUUGGUUACCCUUGCUUAUCUGUACUGUGUGCAGCCAGCCUGUCCUAAGAGGCUAUUUCACCCCUCUCACAAUUCUUAUGUGUUUCAUUGAAUGGUUAACUGCAGGGCCUAUUUCCUUAGGGCCCUCUGCAGCAGCAGGCUCCUGGAGGCCUCUAAGCUUGAGGAGACAGAAGAGUGCAGUGGACUAGGCCUGCUCAGGCAGCUGCUUCCUGGCUGUUGGUCCUCCCAGGUUCCAUUCUGGGGGGGAGGGAGCAGACAGGUUCCCUGGGGCCGCAUAGCAAGUGUAAAAGCAGGACCUGGGUGGGAGGUAAUAGGUGCCUAUGUAAGAAAAAGCCCCCCAACUGGGGACUGUCCCUAUAAAAUUGGCACAUCUGGUCACCCUACGUGGGGCUCCCCCUAUUUCUCAGGGAGGAGGAAGGUGGGGCUCCUCUGUCACUCGCUGAGGGGGUGGGGAGGGGAAUGGGAGCAGAGCCCUAGGAACCUGCUAUCCUGCAGUGCCUAGCUUGCUGCUUCUCCAGCCGCGCAUGCUCACUUCAUGCUGUCAGUCCCUGUGCAGUGGACGCCCUCCGAGCAUGCGCUCUCGUUGCCCCUUCCCCGGGCUCCGCGCCUGCGCACUGCGCAGAGGAGCCGGAGCUCUGUGGCUGUGGCGGCGGCAGGGGGGGAAAUGGCGGCCGUGGUGCUGGUGUCCGUGGAGAGCGGCUCGGGGACGAUGCCGGCCGUGAGCCCGGCUGCGUGCGGGCCUCCCGCGGGUCCCUGUGGGCCGGGUUCGUGGAGCCGUUCCCUGGACCGGGCCCUGGAGGAGGCGGCGGUGAGCGGGUCCCUGAGCCUGAGCGGCAGGAAGCUGCGGGACUAUCCGCGGGGCAGCGCCGCCAACCACGACCUGAGCGACACCACGCAGGCCGAUUUGUCACGGAACAGACUCUCGGAACUUCCUGCAGAAGCUUGUCACUUUGUUUCCCUUGAGAGCCUUAACUUGUACCAGAACUGCAUUCGUUACAUCCCAGAGGCCAUCCUGAACCUACAGUCUUUAACAUUUCUAAAUAUCAGUCGAAACCAGCUUUCAACAUUGCCAGUACACAUGUGUAGUCUACCGUUGAAAGUUUUGAUAGCAAGUAAUAAUAAGUUGAUCUCACUACCUGAAGAAAUUGGACAGCUCAGGCACCUGACAGAGCUUGAUGUGAGUUGUAAUGAAAUACAGACAAUACCUCCACAGAUUGGCAGUCUGGAGUCUUUGCGUGACCUGAACAUCAGGAGAAAUCAUUUGGUGCAUUUACCUGAAGAGCUUGCAGAAUUGCCUUUGAUUCGAUUAGAUUUUUCCUGCAAUAAAAUCACAACAAUUCCUGUUUGUUAUCGGAACCUCAGGCAUCUUCAGACAAUCACACUAGAUAACAACCCUCUACAGUCACCCCCUGCACAGAUAUGCAUAAAAGGAAAAAUCCACAUAUUUAAAUACCUGAACAUAGAAGCAUGCAAGAUAGCUCCAGACUUGCCUGAUUAUGAUAGGAGGCCCAUGGGAUUUGGCUCUUGCCAUGAGGAACUGUACUCCAGUCGUCCCUAUGGAGCACUAGAUUCUGGUUUCAAUAGUGUGGACAGCGGAGACAAAAGAUGGUCAGGGAAUGAACCUACAGAUGAGUUCUCAGACCUCCCUCUGCGAGUGGCAGAGAUCACUAAAGAGCAGAGACUGCGGAGAGAGAGAGAGUACCAGGAGAACCGAGGGAGCAUGGUUGUAACUAAUGGUGGAGUGGAACACGAUCUGGAUCAGAUUGACUAUAUUGAUAGCUGUGCCACUGAAGAGGAAGAGGAAGAGGUGAGGCAACCCAAGUGCAUGGAGUCAGAGAGCCUCAGCUCACAAUUCAUGGCAUAUAUUGAACAACGGCGAAUCUCUCAUGAGGGCUCACCAGUAAAGCCAGUGCCCAUCAGAGAUUUUCAGAGAACAGAAGACACAAGACGAUACUUGAAUCAAACUAGGGACACUGAUGAAUUACGAAGACCAGAAACACUAAGUUUGAUGCAGGACAGAGAGCGACACCAAGGACAAAGGAGUUACGUAGACAAGGCAGAGAGAGCCCCAGCUGAUUCAUCUUACCUUCUAUCUCUGUCCAACAACCACAGUCAGGUCUCUCAUACAGACAUUGAACUUCACCAAAGGCGAGGGCACGUAGUGGAGCACACGCGGAGAGAGGCCCAGCUCGCAGCACUGCAGUAUGAGGAGGACAGGAUGAGAACCAAACAGAUCCAGAGGGAAGCUGUGCUUGACUUUGUCAAACAAAAGGCAUCCCAGAGUCCUCAGAAGCAAAGUCCUCUGGAUAGUGAGUGUCCUUUUCCAUCCAGAAGGUCUCAGCACACUGAUGAUAGUGCCUUGUUAGUGAGUGAUGAGAGAUCUACUAUAUCAGCAGCUUCACCUACUACCCAAACAGUCCACCUUUCCUCUCUGUAUCCUGGCCCUGCGGCUCCUCCUUCCUAUAGAAACCCUUCCCAGCGACCUGAGAGUUUCCUUUUCCGAGCAGCUGUAAGGGAUGAAAUGAACAAAGCUGUUGCUUCAUCUCCCUCUUCUGCCUCAUCUCCUCCUAAUGAUUCUACAGACUCCAGAGCAAGGCAGAACUCCAAGCAACGUGAGGAAGAGUUGGAGCUAAUAGAGCAACUGCGGAAGAAUAUUGAGUCACGGUUAAAAGUGCCUUUGCCUAGUGAUCUUGGAGCAGCUCUUACUGACGGAGUUGUUCUCUGCCACUUAGCCAAUCAUGUGCGGCCUCGAUCUGUUCCCAGCAUCCAUGUCCCCUCGCCUGCUGUACCUAAGCUAACAAUGGCAAAAUGCAGACGAAAUGUGGAGAAUUUCCUGGAAGCUUGCAGAAAGAUUGGUGUGCCUCAGGACAGUCUUUGUUCCCCUUCUGACAUUCUUCAGCUAAACCUCAGCGUUAAAAGGACAGUUGAAACUCUUCUUUCCCUGGGGACAGAGUCAGAAGAAUCCACUCCUGUCUCUCUUUCCAUCCAGCUUUGGGGCUUUGUGGCAUUUUACUGUACUCUAAUGCUAACACUCUGUAUGUUCUAUCGCUGGGUCUUUUUCCUCUAGCUGAAGGACAGUGGUGCUGCUGACUCACUACAUCACUUCAGCAAUUGGUAAAGGCUUUGUUUUUGUCAAGAACUGUUUGGAUAAGUGCAUUCUUCCUGAUCACCAGUCAGAGCUGACAUGUACAAUGUAAAAACGCUCUUUGGUACACCCAGGUGACAAUCUAUGACAUUGUUACAAGUUUGUAUUUGUGUGAUGUUUAGCAAGCGUUCUACUUACCGGGGAGGCAUUAUUGUCCAGUGGCUGGAGUAAGGGACUAGGGUUUAGUGCACUGGGUUCUAGUCACAACUCUAUUGAAUGGCUGUGUAACAUGGGAAAAUCACAGCUCCACUGUACCUCAGUUUCCCCAUUUAUAAAAUGGGAAUACCACCCACAUUUAUAAAGUGCUUUGAGUUCCUCUGAUGAAGAGUGAUAUAUAAGUGUGAAAAAUACUGUUUUUUCUUUACAUGUCAAUGUGCCUGGUUAUAUCUUACUGUCUGAGGAGAUAUGGCCUACAAUUCUUUCUAUCAGGAGGGCUCCAGAGUUUUUUUACAUGCCAGUUUCCUCAACCCUUUUUGCUAAAGUCUUGGAUUUCUUGUAUUGUUAGGUUCUGAAUAGUGUCUCGUUUAACUAAGGCCAUGUCUACACUACAGACCGUACAGCAGCACAGCUAUACCGCUACAGCAAUGCUACUGUAAGGUCUCCCGUGUAGCCAUUCUUUGCCGGCAGGAGAGAGCUCUUCUGCUGACAUAAUUAAACCACCCCCAACGAGCGUCUCCUGCCAACAUAGCACUGUUCAUACCAGCACUUUUGCUCGUGAAACGUCGGUCAGUGUGUGUGUUUCACACCCUGACCAACAAAAGUGGUAGUAUAGACAAAGCCUAAAAAUAGGCACUUAGGCUGACAAUGAAUCCUGAGCUGCUUUACCUUACCAAGGCUUUGUCUACGCUGGCACUUGCCUCGUUAAAACCUUUGUUGCUCAGGGCUGUGAAUAAACACCCCCCUGAAUGACAGAAGUUUUAACAAUGAAAUCACUGGUGUGGACAGUGCUUCGCUGGUGGGAUAAAACUAUUGCCCCUCAUUGGAGGUGGUUUUAUUUCGUCCCUGGGAGAGCUCUCUCCCAGCACCAAAGAGCAGCCACACAGUGCACCUUAGAACAGCGUGCAGCAGCACACCAUACACGUGGCCAAAUACAUCAAGCAUGGAGCUUGUAGAGGAGCUGAAUUUUUUCAUCCACACUGGAAAAAAUCUGGUUCCUGGUGCAAGAUGAGCUAUCUUUAAAUCCCAUCAGAAACCUUGUAGUGUCAUGGAAUAUUCCUGGGGUUCUCAUAGCAAACUUCUGGAGCGGCCACUUGAUUGGUGUGAGCGAAAUUCAACCUUAUUCCAUAAGUCUCUUCCUCCUCAUGAUCAGAAUCUUUGCAUCAUAGAAUUGUGGGCUACAAGCUCUGAUAACGUAUUCACUCUUCACUGCUUUGGAAAACUCAGGUAGUCUUCAGAAUUUUUCAGCUGCACACUGCAUGCUGUCGCUUUCAUGCAUCCUCAGGGAGACCGUGAUCCAUAAAUUGGAUGUCAAAAGGAGCAGACAAACGCCAUCCAACCUUUUCUUUUGACACCAAACUAAUUAUCUGCCUUUUUCUGUUGUUCGCUAUUGUUUUAAUGGGACUGUCACGUGAACUCUAUAUUAGAGCCCCACUUCCUUCAGAGUUUGCCAACAAAAGUAGUUAGACACUGAUCAGUUCUGUUUCAUUAUUUGCAGAGCCACUACAUGGAGCUCACAAUUGACAUUUUUCUCUGGGCAGUAUUACCUAGUCUGGUGCUUCUCAAUCAGCCGUCCUACGAAUUUCUGUAACUUGUACUGAACCUGCCUCUUCCCUGCCUAGAUGAAGAGCUUCUGUGUUGGGUGCCAAUGCACCACUGCCAUGUGGCCAGGUGGGGAGGGGUGUUAGUACUUACUGUGAAGCUUCGGCUCCUUCAAAAAUCAGUGUCAUGUUUGCAAGAGUGGCAUUUGGAGCCGCACAAGCUCUAUUCCAGAUUAGACCAACCACAGUUUAAUGGGAAGUAGUGGCAAUGAUCAAUUCAGCUGUAGUCCUAGCCCAGUAUAUCGAUUGUUACCCACAAAGCCUGGGAUCCAUUAGCCUAGUUUUUAAUCCAGAUUUGCCACAUUUCUCCUGCUCAGUUAUUGAAUGUUUAGACUGAGUUCCCAGUCUGCUCUCCCACUUCUUUCAAGUCAGAGUUCCAAAAAUAUCUUCGAGCUUCAGGGCACUCCUGAUGCUGCGUGCAAGAGACCAUGUCUCCCCAGUGUAGAUUGAUUCAGGAGACUGUGUUCAGAGACCAGUUACAAGUGAGUAUUAAGUAAUUUGUCCUUUUCUGAGGGCUGGUCUACACUACAGGGGAAAAUCGAUCUUAGAUACACAAC